ACUUCAUUAACCGGAAGUACACGACAGUUAUCAUGUUUUGUAAAUAAAGUGGUCGCCUACCAUUGUUUAUAGUUAUUUAGUCUUAACACGUUACGGCAUUUUGUCUAAAGCGGUUCGGUUCAAAUGGUUUGUUUAAUUGUUCGCUAAAGGCUGUUUAAACUUAGGAAGGACAUUCAUUCAUCUGUGAAUAUUUACUGCAAGCAGGCACACAACAGCAUUGGUCAGUCUUUACAGUCCCUCUAACCAUCAUUAUGUGGGAUGCUGAGAUAAGGGGCAUGGCUUCGGCUCAUGCCAUUAUUGCUUCUUCCAUAUUCAUGGCAACUGUACUGCCUGCUGUGUUUGUGGAGAACUUCUCUGUGUAUGGCACCCAUUUGGUUUGGCUGUACUUUGUGGCCGGAUCUGUUGCUGUGGUCAACAUUGCAGUGUUUUGGCUUUUAGGCAUUAGUCCAUCAACAAAGAAGAACACACUGAGCUUUAAGAUCAAUAGAUUAUUCAGAUCCUGUCUGUACUUUCUGCUAUCAUGUCUUUUCUUUCAUACUGUGGUCGUACUGUACGGCGCACCACUGCUAGAAUCUGCCCUGGAGACUUUUUCUCUGGCUGUCCUGCUGUCCACGCUGACUACACUGAGAUGUCUUUGCAUGCUGGGGCCUAAUGUACAGGCAUGGAUUCGGGUGUUCAGCAGAGAUGGGGCGAUGUCCGUGUGGGACACCUCUCUUCAGAUUACCACUGGCUGUAGUCUGGUUGGAGCCUGGCUUGGAGCUUUCCCUAUUCCCCUUGACUGGGACAGACCCUGGCAGGUUUGGCCUGUUUCCUGUACUCUCGGCGCAACUACUGGAUUUCUAACUGGCCUCCUUGCUGCCCCCGUUUGGAUCCACUGGCAUCGCAAACUUCUCACCUACAAGCUUAAAUGAGGAAAAUAAGCACUUUAAGCCAUCGGAACUUGGAGAUUGGAAAAAAUCCGGGCUUGUUUGAAAAUAUCUGUUUCCUUCCAGAAGCAAACGUGAGCUUUGAAUCCAAGAAAUGACAUCUGACUCCACGGUCAUAUUUACAACAAUUAAAAUCUGUUGUCGACAUUUUGUAGAAUAACAUUGUGUUUGUUGUACGCUCCACACAUGGCAGUAUGGACUUCAUGAUUCCUCUUUAUUUCAGAAAUGAUAGUGAUUACCGACAGUAAGCUUUUGUAAAAUGUAAAUUUUGCAACUCAAAUAGAGACACGACAUUUCCCUUUUCGAAGUUAAGUAAAGUCUCACUUCUGUAAAUGACACAUGGGUUUGGUUGUGCUGUUGAGGCUGUCUGGGUUUCAACCCUCAAAGUAAACUUGUGCUUACAGAGCCAGACAAGAAAAGCAGAUUGUUUUCAGUCAUCAUGAAAGGCUCCCAAACGUCUUCCUCUACCGUAUAGCUUUCAUUUUCUAUUCUCUGUGCUUGUGAAUUCAAUAAAUUACAAUCUUUUAACCAUU